GAACCUGAUUUAAACUGGUUCAGUUAACCGAUCUCUUGCAUUCUAUAAAGCAGACGCAAGCAUCUUUCUAGCUCAAACCACAGUCCUAAUAACAAAUACCGACAAACAAAAAACACAAUCGCAACUCUUGGAGCUCAAGAAAUAAUGUCGGAGAACGCAGGCGAUUUUUCAACCACUAAACCAAACAUCAAGAGGAAUGGCUCCGGCGAACUUGACGUCUUUGAAGCCACUCGGUACUUCUCCGACUUCAACGAACCAACAAUGGCCGAGAACUCAAGAAUCCAGAUUCAGAAACAGAGCACUGUUACAGAACUUCGACAGAAGAGAGUACACCCUGAAACAGAGGACCAGCUCCCGGAACCUAGAGUCGUCAUCGUGAAGCCGCAGGAGAAGGAGAUGAAGACACGUGGCGGCGGUGGGAAGAAGCUAUCCAGCUUCUUGAACUCGCUUCUCCGUUCAGCAGGACUGAAGAAGUUAAAGUCUAAGUCUAAGUCAGCUCCAGAGGUGGAGACUCCACGUGGGGAAAGAAGGAGAAGGCAUAGCUGUGUGGUGACCGUGACCACACACGACGAAGCUUCUUCGCCGAUCUCCGGUGCCGGCGCGUUGAGUUUCAACACGCGUAGGAGAAGCUUUGAUGAGAAACACGUGAAAGGUUUAGGCUCGAAGAAGAGUGAUCAGAAGUUGAACGUGAUGUUCUGUGAGAGUCUCUGCUCAGUCCAGAAGGUUGAGUGUAAAGAUCAAAAUGGAGAAGAAGAUAAUGUAAAUGGUGGAUACGAGAGUGAUUCAGGUUCUGAAUCUGAUCUUUUUGAGUUGGACUUGUUUGCCAAAUCAAACCCCUAAUUAAGGACGGUCCCAAAAUGUAAUCAUCUAAUGUAAUCUUAUUAUAAAAAUCUAAUAGUGCGUGGUUUGUAGACCAAAAACAAAAUGGGUAUGGACCUAAAAAUGGUGUUGCACUCUUCCCUUAUCCUGCUUGAAUAAAAACAAAUGUAAUUAGGUGAUAA